UGACGUAAAUGACACGAAGAAGAGAUGUCCGGGCGUAAACAUGGCGUCUGCCUUGGACGAUGAUGAGAUCUGCAAUGAUGAUUACUAUUCCCUUCUAAAUGUCCGAAAAGAGGCCACCCAGGAGGAGCUGAAGGCAUCAUACAGGCGACUGUGCAUGCUGUACCACCCAGACAAACACAGAGAUCCGGAAUUAAAGCGACAAGCAGAGCAGCUUUUUAACCUUGUACAUGAAGCUUAUAAAGUGCUUAGUGACCCACAGUCACGGGCUAUCUAUGAUAUCUAUGGCAAACGAGGGCUUGAUGUUGAUGGGUGGGAGGUGGUGGAGAGGAAAAGAAGUCCUGCAGAAAUUCGAGAGGAGUAUGAGCGGCUUCAGAGGGAGCGGGAGGAGAGAAGGCUUCAACAAAGGACCAACCCAAAGGGAACGAUUAGUGUGGGCAUUGAUGCCACGGACCUCUUUGAUCGAUAUGAAGAGGACUUUGAGGAUAUGGUUGGAGGAGUUCCACAUGUGGAAAUCAAUAAGAUGCACAUAUCACAAUCCAUAGAGGCACCUCUUACUACAAGAGACACAGCCAUUUUGUCUGGCUCUUUGUCAACUCACAAUGGGAAUGGAGGUGGCACCAUUAACUUAGCCCUGAGAAGAGUCACCUCAGCGAAAGGGUGGGGUGAGGUGGAAUUGGGAGCUGGAGACACUCAUGGACCUCUUUUUGGUAUGAAGAUAUUUCGCAACUUGACGCCUCGAUGCUUUGUGACGGCUCAGUGUGGCCUCCAGUUUUCAUCACGAGGUGUUCGUCCUGGGAUGACCACGGUGCUGGCCCGUCACCUGGACAAGAACACCAUGGGUUACCUGCAGUGGCGUUGGGGAAUUCAUUCUUCUAUGAACACUAGCAUAGUGAGGGACACUAAGAGCAGCCAUUUCACCAUGGCAGUGCAGCUUGGCAUCCCUCACACUUUUAUGAUGAUGAGCUACCAGUACAAGUUCCAGGAUGAAGACCAGACCAAGAUUAAGGGCUCAGUAAAGUCAGGUUUCUUUGGGACUGUGGUAGAGUACGGUGCUGAGAGGAAGAUCAGUCGACACAGUGUGCUGGGGGCUACUGUCAGCGUGGGAGUACCCCAAGGUGUCUCCUUAAAGAUCAAACUAAACAGAGCCAGCCAGACAUAUUUCUUUCCCAUUCACCUGACUGACCAACUCCUGCCUAGUGCUGUGUUUUACGCCACAGUUGGACCACUGGUUUUCUACCUCGCCAUCCAGCGGCUUAUCAUUCGGCCCUAUGUGCAGGCCCAGAAGGAACAAGACUUGGAGAAGCAGAGGGAGGGCUCGGCCUCCAACGUAGCCAGGAAGAAACAGGAGGCGGAGGCUGCUAUUUUGCUCAUGGCGGAGUGUAUGCACAGGAUUGUUGAAGCUGAGGAGUCAAGAAUGGGGCUCAUCAUCCUCAACGCCUGGUACGGCAAGUUUGUCACAGAUAACAGCAAAAAACAUGAGAGGGCAAAGGUCAUUGAUGUGACUGUGCCACUGCAGUGUCUGGUGAAAGACUCAAAACUCAUCCUCACUGAGGCCACAAAGUCAGGACUCCCUGGCUUCUACGACCCCUGCGUGGGGGAGGAGAAGAGCCUGAAGGUGCUGUAUCAGUUCCGUGGAGUCAUGCAUCAAGUCCUGUCAGGAGACAAAGAACCACUCAGGAUACCAAAGCAAUCGCACAGGAUUGACACGGACACAUAGGGGUUCCUCUGCUGACCAAGAACACUCAUCUCUCGACUGUUGGACAGGAGGAGAGACCUCUGUUUUUAGAUACGACAUGGAUUUAUGUCUUCAUAACUCAGAAAUCAGACAUUUGCUUGUUUGUCUUUAUAUUCAUUUAAAUAUGCAGAUUGGAGUAAAACCAUCAGAGACUGGAUUUUUAUAAAACCAGUGUCCACGGACAGGGUUGUGGCCUGCUAAUGUGACACCAAAAUCAGUGGUUACCAUCUUAAAUCAGAUCUUGGUAUCCAUUUAUUUUUGGUAAUGUAAUUUAUACACAGAGGUCUAUGUACAGUAUUGUACAAAAAAACUGCAGUGCCUAUUUGAUUGAAGAUAUGAAAGCAUCUGUUUAUUUGCCAUAUUAUUAAAAUCUUUCUCUCAA